AUGGUCUUGGUGACAAUUGACCGUUUGCUUCGCAAACCCACUGUGUCAAACAGAUCCUCGAACCCACAACUCAAAUUCCCGUGUCUAGAUGCCUUGGAAGCGAAAACUCAGAAAUUGAACACAAAGUCUUCCUCAUCAUGUGUUUCAGAGCUGACAUCGCUCGAGGGCGGCCCUGAACCAUCAUACUCAUUUGUCUCCACAGGCUUUGAGAUUUAUAAAAGCAAAAAGCCAAUCUUUUUGGACAACGGAGGAAACUUACCGGAAUACGAAAUUGCGUAUGAGACCUGGGGUGAGCUUUCUCCUGAAAAGGACAAUUUGAUUUUGAUACACACUGGCCUUUCGGCUUCUUCUCAUGCUAGAUCGCAACCAAAGAACACAAAACCUGGUUGGUGGGAGAACUUCAUCGGACCUGGAAAGUACAUCGAUACAGACAAGUACUUUGUUGUUUGUACGAAUGUAUUGGGUGGCUGCUACGGAUCCACAGGUCCAUCGUCCAGAGACCCAGCCAACAACGACUUUUAUGCCACCAGGUUCCCAAUUCUAUCAGUCAACGACAUGGUAAGAGCCCAAAGAGAGCUUAUUCAGAAUCAAUUCGGUGUCAAAAAAGUACAUGCAUCCGUGGGUGCUUCCAUGGGAGGAAUGCAGUCAUUGGCCUAUGCUAGUGAGUUUCCAGACGAGGUUGAAAAAAUCGUAAGCAUAUCGGGAUGUGCUAGAUCUCAUCCGUACUCCAUUGCAUUGCGUCACUGCCAAAGACAGGUCUUGAUGAGUGACCCCAAUUGGAAGCGUGGCUUCUACUACAACAGUGUUCCUCCUCAUAUUGGCAUGAAGCUAGCUCGUGAGAUUGCAACGGUCACCUACCGUUCUGGACCAGAAUGGGAAUCUCGUUUUGGCAGAAAUAGAGCCGACGAGUCAAAGCCUGCUGCAUUCUGUGCCGAUUUCUUGGUCGAGACGUACUUGGACCACCAGGGCGAGAAGUUCUGUCUUGAGUAUGAUGCCAAUUCGCUUCUAUACGUGCUGAAGGCCAUGGACAUGUUUGAUCUUGGGCUCAAGAGUUCCCGCAAAGCGCAAAAUAACAGAACGGAAGCCGAGAGCAGGUACUACAGCCAAGACGAGGAUGGCAGCAUAAGCAGUAUACCAGAGAUCCCGUACCAGGAGAGAAUCAACAAGGCGACAGUCACGCCAGAGCAGGCCUUCGAGGACUUGAAGAAAGGGUUUGAAAAAAUCAAGGAUAAGGAAUUUUUGGUGAUUGGUGUUGAGUCGGACAUUCUUUUCCCCGUGUGGCAGCAGAGAGAGAUUGCCGAGGUCCUCAACUCGUUUGAAGGCAACAGAGACAAUGUCACGUACUUUGAGUUGGGCAACAACAUCAGCAACUAUGGCCACGACACUUCUUAA